UGACUCCUUAAUACUUGGAGAGAUACAAUCUGCAGUUUCCAGCUUCAUGUGUUGUGUGCUACAGACUACGAGUUGAUUGGUGAUAUGCUCCUUCCACGUCUUCAUUCGCUCGUCAGGGUGGGAGCUCAAUCUUUUUCUAACAUCCGAGGAACGUACAAGGAGAGAACUGAAAAUUCCUGCGAUGAUUUUACCGAUGAAAAUCUUCAAAAAAACCCUACACCCUCCACCAGCAAAAGCAUUCAAAACCACAUAUCCAAUGGGUCGUUUACGACCCAGUUUUUUCUUCAUUUCCCCAAAACAUUUUUGUUCCACACCAAUCAGAUGAUUUUCCGGACCUCUUCCGAUCAGCUGUCACUAUACCAACAAUGCACCAACAAUUCAAUUUCUCCACAAAACAAUUCCCGACUUCUGUUUUUCGUUGCUUCCAUGCGGCAACAACAAAAGGUCUAGCUUAGCAAACGUACACACGCAAACGUUUCUGUAAUCCCUGCAUCCGUUUAGCAGAAAUACUUCCGAUGUCAUGCAAUUUAAGAAAAAUAGAAAGUCAACGAUCAUUUCAGUUUGCAAUUUGUAUAAUAGAAUAAUUACUAAAUGGAAUUUUACGAUUCCCGGGAUCUUGGGAUUGCGAAGUUUUUGAUGAACAUUUCAAAGUGGAAUUAUUUUUCGUUAUUUAAAAUUCAGAUUUAAACGGUAUUAACUUUUGUGGAUGUAGAGUCGGGAUGGAGUCUAGUCGACGUGAGAUAAUGAAAUGGAAACUUUGUUAUAGCAGAAAAAAGUAAAUGUUACAUGCAAUUUAACGGAUUUCGCUAGCGACUUGCAACAAGGCAAUAAGGAAACGACACAGAAUGGCGGAUAUUACACAGCCUUGAGCAAAUAUAAUUUUUCAAAUAAAAAUAUGGAUGCAAAUGACGGUUUACCUUCAAUUCUCUGUGAACGAUGCAUAGCUCGUUUAACAGUUUGCUACGAGUUUCGUCGACAGAGUAUUCUCUCAGAUCGUCACCUGCGCGCAUUUAUUCAAAAAGUGAAUAGUGAAUUUAAAGAGGUAGCAAGUUCAUCAGCGGCAACAACCAUGACACUAAAUGAUGAAGAGAUGGGAUUACUGCUAGAAGCAGGAUACAAAUCUGAUGAAAUAUCGGUUGUCGAAGAUUCGACAUCCAAUGUGAAAUCAGAAAAGGAUGGAGUGAAAGAUGACAAUAUUCAAUACAUUCCUGAUUUAGAUGGCUACAUUCAGGAAGAUGUAACAGAGACCUACAGAGUAGAAGAAAUACAGUUUCAAGAUGGUGAUGAAGGCAGUCAAAUAGAAGAUGACGGGAUUGAAGAAGAAUAUCAUGUAGACGAGAACACACAAUUGGAGAGCAUCGAAAAUGAGGACGAGUCGUCGAACAUUGAAUACAUCGAAACUAAAACAAUCGAUCCUUUGGCAAAGUCAACAGCAAGAUCUCAUAUUUGCACAAAAUGUGACAAAGAUUUCAGUACCAAGACAAAUUUGAUGCGUCACGUCUUAACACACAGCGGAGUCAAACCUUAUCAGUGCAAUAUUUGUGGAAAUGGAUUUACUCAAAAUGGUUCUUUAAAACAACACAUGUUGAUCCACACCGGUGAGAGGCCAUAUAAAUGCCAAGUAUGUGGAAGGGGUUUCACACAAAGCAAAUCACUCACAUUCCAUAUGAGACGACACACGGGUGAAAAACCCUUUACAUGCGAAAAAUGUGGGUUGACUUUCCGUCAAAAAGACGGCUUGAAGCGUCAUAUGCAAAUGAAACACCUCGGCGCUGCUGCUGAAGCUCAUAUAUGCUCGAUAUGUCAACGAAUCCUGCAGUCGAAUUACUCUCUCGCCUUACAUAUGAAAAAACACACGGGCAACAACUCCAAGUAUAAAUGCGAAAUAUGCGAAAAGACAUUCUCAACAAAGUCAUCACUCGAGAACCAUACAAGACAGCAUACAGGUGAAAAGCCCUUUAAAUGUAACGAGUGUAAUAAAGAAUUCAGUCGAAAAUCGUCCUUGUUGGCGCAUGAAAAAUAUCAUAUAGAGGAAACACCGUACAAAUGUGAAGAAUGUAGUAAAAUGUUUGCCCAGCAUGAUCAAUUGCUGGCACAUAUUGAAACGCACAAAAUGAGAUCGCCGAAAACAUUUCAGUGCGGUAAAUGUUCUAAAACUUUUUCAAUAAAACGAAAUCUCCUCCAACAUCUUAGAAACCACAAUCGAGAUGCAAUGAUAAUGUACAGCUGUGACGAAUGCAGUGUCGCGUUCACCACAAAUCGCGAUUUAAAACUGCAUCGUAUUAACCAACAUAAUGAAACAGUGUCCGAUUUGAAUGAAUGUGACAUUUGCCGAAUCCCAUUUGUUUCCCUUCCUGAUUUGAAUCGUCAUAUAACUUCCGUUCAUGAUGCCAUAGACGAAAAAUGUGAGCAAUGCGAUCAGCACUUUUCAUCAAAAAAACUUUUAGAGGAUCAUCUAUUGGAACAUGAAUUGUGUUUAGAGUGAAUUUGAUGGGUGUACAUUUAAGAUAAGAAGAAUCCACGCUUGCAAUCAACUUAGGAACUAAUUCACAAUGUUUCAUUGUGUGAAUUCACCCCGAAAAAUAAUUGUUAAGCCCCAGGUCAAAUCCUAAUUCUGAUGAAUUAUUUUUUACUACAAUAGUUGUACUUUUGUACUCUUUUGAAAGUACAGUAUUUAUUCUGAGCUAUUAAAAAUCGUAUACACCACAGAAUAUUAUAAUUUAUGUAAUCUUUAAGUAGAUAUAAAUUUGUUGAAAAAAAUAUCAUUUCUUGUUUACAUAUUGGAGAGCAUUGGCGCCU